AUGGCGUCUCUACUUCCUCAAUCAGAGGGAUACCUCCCCCUUUAUAUUCUGUUCGUGGGCGUCACUGCGAUUGGAAAUGCCAUCCAAUGCUACAAUACCCUCUCCUACACGCGACGUCUCUACCCAGGUCAGCCUUCAGCGACCACCCAGUCAUCCAAGGGCAGUAAAGGCUCUUCCCCCGAAGGGAGCUCUUCUCCAGCCACGCCUCUCUCCUCAAGGACAUUCGGGACUUGGACACUGGCAGUUGGGAUCGUCAGACUAUUCGCCGCCUACCACAUCAAUGAGGCGCCAUGGUUUCAGCUGCAGAUGUUGACCAAUGUCGUGGGGCUGGUGCACUUCGGCCUCGAGGCGUUUGUGUACAAGACCUGCUCGCCGUCGGGUCCCUGGCUCGCUCCUGUCAGUGUUGCGCUGAUUGGUCUGGUUUGGAGCACGGCACAGUAUAGCUUCUACGUCAGAUAA